UUUCUGGUCACCUACAUAGUCACCUUGGCUGGAAACCUUCUAAUCAUUGUCCUCACAUUGGCUGACCCAGCCCUUCAUACCCCCAUGUACUUCUUCCUCAGGAACCUGUCCUUCUUGGAGAUGUGCUACACAUCAGCCGUUGUCCCCAAGAUGCUUGGAAAUCUUCUCUCUGGGGAUAAAACCAUCUCUUUCAUUGGCUGUGCUAUGCAAACCUAUUUCUUUUUUUUCCUUGGUGGGUCAGAGUGUUUUCUCCUGGCGUCCAUGGCCUACGAUCGCUAUGUUGCAAUAUGCAGGCCUCUGCAUUACCCCGUGGUUAUGAACAGGAAGGUGUCCACUGGAAUGGCUGCUGGAUCCUGGCUCAGUGGUCUCCUUGUGUACUUUGGUCUCACCAGCAUGAUAUUCACCCUACCCUUCUGCAGAUCCCACGAGCUUAAUCAUUUCUUCUGUGACAUCCCUCCACUGCUGAAGCUAGCUUGUGGGAACACCUCCCACAGCGAAAUGGCUGUCUUCAUGGUGGCUAUGUCCUUUGUCACCUUCCCCUUCAUGCUGAUUCUCAUGUCCUAUGUCUGCAUCAUCUCCACCAUCCUGAGGGUCCCCUCCGGGAUGGGCAGGACAAAGUCCUUCUCCACCUGCUCCUCACACCUCAUAGUUGUUACAUUGUUCUUUGGCUCUGCUUGCAUUAUGUAUCUGAAGCCCAUUUCCUCCUACUCACCAGACACAGACAAGUUUCUCUCUCUGUCCUACACGGUCAUCACACCCAUGCUAAACCCCAUCAUCUACAGCCUGAGGAACAAGGAGGUGAAGGGAGCAUUCUGGAGAAUGGUGCGGAGAAGGUUCCAUUGA